AAACAUCAGUCAGAUGGAAUAAACGAUGAAGAUCAACAUUUCGAAGACGAUAGUGGUGUUAUUUGCAGUUUUAAGUUGCCUGAUCAUUGGAAAUGCCGCUGAUGAUGAAGUGGAUGAGAGUGAAAUACCCGAACUCCAGUACAUGAACAGAAGCGUAGACCCCUGUGACGAUUUCUACGAGUACGUCUGUGGUAACUUUCCAACCGUACACCCCCUACCCAGUGACACCCUCGUGAUAGACCAAUUCAGCCUCCUAGAAAAUUCCCUAGUCGAGCUUGCAACUGCCAUUUUAUCUUCGAACGAUGCUGUAGAAGAUCCCGUGGCCUUGAAGAAGGCUAGAGGUGCGUACAAGGCUUGUAUAGACGUCGACUACGUCGACAGCCUCGUAGAUCCCGAGGUGACAAUAGUUGUGGAUGAAGGUGGAUUCCCCCUGGUGGAAAACUCGAGUUCGACUGUUUUUGGUUGGAACGAAAUAGGAGAAGCUGUGGGGAAAUAUGGGGUUCCCAUGAUAUUCACCAUAGAAACCUUUGCCGACUUAACAAACGCCUCCAAGAACAUGAUUCGUAUAUACUCAGACAAUGUAUCCAAUCCUACACUCUUCAGGCCGUACACCGAGCUAUCCUAUGAAGAAGUCCUAGAGAAAGGUUUCCUUUCCUUGGAGUUCCAGACCACCACGACGACAGGACGUUCGGUUGUACUAAAACCUUUCGACAUAUUCCUUAGGACGAUCGCUUUCAAGGUCAGAAACGCCCUGGGAAGCUUCCUGUCUGAUGAAGAGGUCAUCGAGAACAUCAAUGUUAUGGCGAAUUUCAUGAGAGGAGUUUAUCAAGGAGGGUAUGUACCAGAAAACGUAACAGUGGAAGACUUCAAGGGAAUGUCGAUAACCUUGGCCGAACUCAACGCCUGGACCAAAGCUCAGUUUGGUGACACAAUUCAGAUGGAUUGGGUCGAAUACCUACGCCGAGUUUUCAAAAAUUCUGGAACCAGUAUCGACGAAACAACCGAAGUUGUUACCUCUACCAACACCUCAAGAUUAUUCUACGGCGUCCUGAACUGGGUUAGCAUGAACAAACCUGAAACAAUAAAAAAUUUCGUGUUGAUGCGCACCUUCCUCUAUAUGGCGCCCGACAGCGACGCGGAAACCAGAGCGGCAUUCGAACAAUACUACAGGCAGAUCAACCUCUCUGUACUACCAAGGGCCAAAUUCUGUACAAGGAAAGUCAUAGACGCUGUGGGCACGGCCUCCUUGAGCUUCGCCGUGGCUUACGAAUACCAGCUGCGUUACUUCAACGUGAACAAGUUCGCAAAGGCCAUACAAAUGAUCAAAGACAUAAAGAACUCCUUCACGGAGAUCAUGAAUCAGACGACUUGGAUGGACGAGCAAUCCAAAACUGUUGCCAUUCAGAAAAUUAAUAACCUUGUGACAAUUAUGGGAUAUCCCGACUUUGUUUCUAACAAGACGUUGCUGGAUAGGUUCUACGAGAACGUCAGGAUCUGCAAGUGGGACAAUUACGGGAACUCCAGGAGGAUAAGAGCGUUUAAGCAGGCGUACCAGAUCUCUCAGGUCGAGAAAAGGGACAGAACUUUCUGGGACAAGUCCCCUUUUGAAGUCAACGCUUACUACAAUAGACCAAACAACAAAAUAAUUUUCCCUGUAGCGGUUCUGAACCCUAUAUUUUUUGGAUCUAAUCUGAGUGUUUUAGAUUACGGAAGGAUAGGCAGCGUGAUUGGCCACGAAAUCACCCACGGGUUCGAUUACCAAGGCCAGAUGUACAAUCAGGAUGGCCUAUUGCAGCAGUGGUGGUCCAACGACACACGCGUAGCUUUCAAACAGAGAAUGCAGUGUUUUGUAGACCAGUACAACCAGUAUUACAUACCCGAAAUUGAUGAUUAUGUGAACGGGAGCACAACUCUAAACGAGAACAUCGCCGACAACGGAGGUGCGAGGGAAUCGUACAACGCUAUGAAGAAAUUCCUGGAAAGGACUGGACAAAACCAGAGAACCAAGAAUUUCAGCGCAGAUCAGCUGUUCUUCAUAGGAUUCGGUACGAUGUGGUGCAACAACCCUUCUAAGGAGUACCUAUUGGUCAUGCAAGACGAUGACCACGCUAGAGCCAAAUGGAGAGUAAACGGAGUGCUGUCCAAUAUGGAACAGUUCUCUGAAGCCUUCAGCUGCAAAGCAGGCACUAACAUGAACCCAGAACAAAGAUGCAGGUUGUGGUAAGGGCCUACGAAUCGUCGGCCGACAAAUGUUUGAAAAUAAAUAUAUUUUUGAUGUUAUUAUUUUUGUGUGUUAAGACAGGACAGUGGUGGUAAAAUACAAACACAUUUUUUA